AUGAAAUCACUUACAUUCAAUAGAGUGCUAAAAAUUGCAAUAUCUUGGUUUAUUACUGUAUUAGCAGAAGAAGAAGCUGUCCUUGUGUUGACCACAAAAUACUACAACAUUCAUCUUGAUACAUUCUUGAUACAUGGAAGUCUUUUUUUUUUUAAUUUGUUGGCCCUUGGUGUGAACAAUGUUAAGAGUUUUAACUUAUAAAAUAGCAAGGAUUUUCAACUUGUAUUUUCUGGAGCAGAAAUCGAAGAGAGAGAUGAAUCAAAAGUGUAAAGGACUUAGUGA